UAUUUUUAUCGUAUCACUAAAGUAUAAGUACAUGUAACUAAAUCCAGUAUUAGUAAAAUCAGUUAUCAGUUGAGUGGAGUGGCCGAGUGGCCGAGUGGCCAAGUGGCCUUGUGGUGUUUCCAGGUCUUUCCUGGUGGUGGAUGCUCGGAUCAGCACGGAUCAGCAGCACCGAUGCAUCGAUGCAACCGUUACCGCGCGCGUAUAGUAUGAAAACCAUCAAAGAGCUCUGAAUACAUUCCAAGAGAGUACUUUCGAGUAUCUCUCGUAAAAGGUACGAUAUCUGUAAUGAAAUGGAGAAAUAGCAGUGUCCAGUUUUUCGUAGAUAAAAAUUAAUAAGCCAUCCACGUUCGUUUUACCAUUGACAGCUGAUAUGGUAUGAUCAUGGCGGAAUCCACGAACAAGUCGAACAAUGACAAAGUUAAGUGCAAAAUUUUAAUCGUCGGCGCAGGAAUGGCCGGAUUAUCAGCUGCAAAUCAUUUAUUGAAGAACCACGAAACUGAUUUUUUGAUUGUCGAGGCACGAGGUCGGAUAGGUGGUCGUAUCGUCUCGCUAAAAAUCGGCAACGAAAAAGUUGAGUUAGGGGCAAAUUGGAUCCACGGAGUCCUAGGAAAUCCAAUGUUUGAAUUAGCAAUGGCAAAUGGAUUGAUAGAUAUCGUACGCAUACCGAGGCCUCAUAAAGUUGUAGCAGCUACGGAAGACGGCAAGCAACUACCGUUUCCAGUUUUGCAAGAAAUCUACGAAGCUUACGUGUGUUUUCUAAGGCGGUGCGAAGAAUAUUUUUUAAGCCCUUAUAGUCCCCCGGAUGGGAUAAACAGCGUCGGCGCUCACGUCGCGUUAGAGGCUGAGAUUUACUUAUCGUCUCUGCCAAAAGAGGACAGAAGAAUUAGGCAAUUGUUGUUCGACUGUUUACUUAAAAGAGAAACUUGUAUUACUGGCUGUGAUAGUAUGGAGGAUGUUGAUCUUUUGGAAAUGGGUUCGUACGCGGAACUACAAGGUGGAAAUAUCAGUCUUCCGGAUGGUUACAGUGCUAUAUUGGAACCAGUCGCAAAACACAUACCAAAAGACAGCAUUCUUACUAGACACGUUGUUACUAAAAUUAGGUGGCAAAGAAAAAAGUGCGCGGAAGACGAGAAUUCUACGAAUAAUUGUCCUAAUAAAAACACUUUUAUAGAAAUAGAAUGCGAAAACGGGAAAACAAUAUUAGCCGAACAUGUGAUUUGUACAUUGCCAUUAGGAGUUCUUAAGGAAAAAGCUAACGAUAUAUUCGAUCCACCUCUACCUACUUAUAAACUCGAUGCCAUAGACAGACUUUUGUUCGGUACCGUGGACAAAAUAUUUUUAGAGUACGAAAGACCGUUUCUGAAUCCUGGAAUAUCGGAAGUGAUGCUUCUCUGGGACGAUAGAGGAUUAACGGAAGAAGAAAAGCAAGACGUUAGCAAAACAUGGUUCAGGAAGAUAUAUUCUUUUACUAAAGUUUCGGAAACGCUACUGUUAGGAUGGAUAUCGGGAAAGGCUGCCGAGUAUAUGGAGCGUUUAAGUUCAGCGGAGGUAGCCGAUGUAUGCACAUCGAUAUUACGAAAAUUUCUCAACGAUCCAUUCGUACCAGCGCCAAACAAUUGCAUACACACCUCGUGGCAUAUGCAACCGUACACGCACGGUUCUUAUACCGCUAUGGCAGUAGGCGCGAGUCAAUUAGACAUAAAUUGUUUAGCCGAACCUAUAAAGCAGGAAGACGAUCCAUCGAAAAUAGUGAUAGCAUUCGCUGGCGAGCAUACCCAUACUUCCUUUUAUAGUACAGUACACGGAGCGUAUUUGACUGGACGAACCGCUGCCCAAACGCUUCUGGAAUCGAGAAAGAACGAGAAGAAUUCGAUAAGCCUCAGCUGUGAAGACACUAGCGACCUAAGUUCGUGGAUACAAGGAAUUUCUCUGAAUUAAAAAGCAUUCAGAGUUGAAUAAUAAAUUAAACACGGAUCGAGAAAUUAUUCUGUAUGUCGACGUUUUCACACUUAUCGAGCACAAUUUAUUACCGCGGUACGAACCUAUCGUUCGAUAUUUUACACACUGUCGGGGCGAUGAGAAACGUGAUUUAUAGGUGUUUAGUAUUAACGCGAAAUUCGUAAACUGGAUUUUUUUUGUAAAUAGUAUAGAGAAUUGUUUAUAUUGUGUACAUAACGAUGCCUGUCUAAAAUCUCGAGAUUUCAUAAACGUGCAUUUUGUCGAUUUUACGCACAGUCUUGGCUUUGUUCGACGAUCGAGAAAGGAACCACGAUUGGAAAUCGUGUUGCAAGACGAUGCUUCAUUUUAUGGGAUCACCUAACACUGUAGUACAGAAGUUUUAUAUACGUAUAUAAAACUUUUAUUCAACACCGACGAAAGUGCUUUUUAUCGUAGAUAAAUCAUUUCGAACGUCCACGUUUGUUAAUUAUUACUAGGGCCGCCACCUUUUUAAAGUAUCUAUAAUAUGUACACAGAAACGAUAUUUUAUUUAUUUCGUGAAAUUCUUGCUAUAAUUGG